AUGAUACUUUAUUUUAUUCCUCUGUUUGCUGUUUUGGCACUUGCCAUCAUCGCCGUCGUCGUCACGAUAUGCUGCUGCGGGGUGUGCUGCCAACGCAAGCCCAAAUACAACGGGGACGUGACAGAGGUCGUCUCCGAUCUUGCAGGAGCCAACAGCAGAGCGGGCUACGAGCCACACCACCCGUAUUUUGAGGAGUACAACGCCGAUCGUGUUCUCCAUGGUUUGCAGCACGAAAGCGAGCAGCAUGACCUCUAUUAUCGCCUUUAUUCGAGCACAGACGAUCAGCGGCUCGUGAAAGCUGUGUUGGCCGGCAGUGAGCCAUCACGGGUGAUGCAGCCCUACCUGGGCACCCUUGUGGGAGAGUCGUGCCGCCAAAACUCUCGGGACAUGAGAGGCCUUGCAGGUGGACGUGAGCCGCUGAGCUACGGCGACGCGGUGUACUUGCCGUGUGCAGACAGCGCUGUUCCACCUACGACUCAACCCCACACACAAAACUGA